AUGGCAGCCCCACAGCCCACCAGCAGGUCUGCGUGUGAGAGCGAGCGGCUGGAGCUGGGGCCUAUUUGCAAACUCAGAGGCUUGGAAACUCUGCUCCCCAUCCUCGACUGCCUCCUUGCCCACACUAACGUGCCUCUCGUUCCCCACAGCUCGGACUGGGUGGAGAUCAUUGAGCCCCGCUCCCAGGAGCGGAUGUACGUCAACCUGACCACAGGGGAGUGUGGCUGGGAGCCCCCCCCCAACCUGAAGGUGCGCCAGUCGGACCAGAAGCAGUGGUGGGAGCUCUUCGACCACAACAACAACCGCUUCUACUAUUACAAUGCCAUCACGCGGCAGACGGUGUGGCACCGGCCCCAGGGCUGCGACAUCGUGCCCCUGGCACAGCUCCAGGCCAUGAAGCACAGCUCCCAGCCCGACUGCCGGGGCCGGCAGCACCGGGGCAGCAGCGGCAGCGAAGGCAGGAGCACCCCCAUCCCUACAGCCCUGCUGCAGGAGAUGGAGAGGAGCAAAGGGGACUGUGCCACCGACAAGAGGCCGGACACGGGCAGGGAGACUCCUACCCACUGGCAGCCUCUGCCAGGUACAAAAGCAGCCAUGUUGGUCAAAGUGAACAGUUUAAAGCAGGUCCCGGGCUCUUCAAACAGUUCCCUUCAUCUGCAGUGCGCUCCGGAGACCAACAGCCAGAAAUCUCUUCCAAAACCAGCCAUUUAUGCUCAGCCUCAAUCCGUGUCCCAGAGCCCUGGAGCCACAAAGCAAACACCUCCCGGAGAAGGAAAGCAGUCUAUGCAAAUCAAAAAGACGGAGAACGGCGGGUUUUGCCUUGUGCUGAUGAAUGGUCCAGCUUCUCAGACUCCUCCAAGGAGCCAGACAGGAACCCCCCAGCCUGCCUCCCCCAAGUACGCCUCCCCUGCACCUAUAUACGAUGAGCCGUCUUUGGAGUCUCCAAUUUACGACGAGCCGCCAGUAGAUAUGGACACUGAGAGCAUCGGUGUGAGUGGGAUGUCUCCACCAAGGUCACCAAGCAAUAGCUUAAAGAAACAGCUGCAACCAACCAAACUAUUACAGCAUCCAAGUGUGCAGCAGCAACAAGCUGCAAAGAAACAUGCAAGAAAUCCUUCUUCCACUGAGUACAGCCCAGCUGGCAGAGAAUACAUCAAACACAUGGUCAAUGUUGACCAGUCUUCCAAAGUCUCCCACUCGGCCACUGCAACAGCUGAUGGCUCUACUAAACUGCCUGGUCAGCUGGCAUCAAAGGACAGCUUCAAGCAGUCUUGGAGGAUCUUGGAAGCCAACGUUCUCAAGAGCAUAGAAGCCCACCACAGUCGGCAGAACAGCCUUCAGACUCAAGAGUACCCAACUGCUAUAAGCCAUCAGGAUUCCGGUUAUUCGACCGGCCCUUCUCCAAGCUUGAGAAAAAGGAAAGGAAGGAGGCAGGGCGCAGGCCAGGGGCGGCCCGGCUCUGUGGGCAGCAGCAGCGAGCUCACGGCUCUGAAUGACAAGCUGAUCGCUGAGAUGCGUGCUGUGGUGGGCAGGUCAGCAGCCUGCCGGGGAAGCAAAGCCAGCCUUGAUGCUCAAAGUCUGGAGAGCGGCAUCCCUGCAGAGAGCGGCAAAGUCCGAUUCCAGUCCGACCACCUGAAAAAGUGCAUCAACCGGAGCUCGAGGGAUGACAUCUCGGCCAGUAGUAGGUCUCUGUACAGACAGGGCCUGGAGAGCAGGGGCAGCUUCCCCAGCGACAUGGCUGCUCUGCAGGACACAGUGCGGCAGAAGAGGACUUUUGAGAAAGUAGAUUCUUUAGAAAAGAAUGUGACCAGCCGGACCAGCUUGGCUUCGUCAGGUGCCACGCGGCGCUCCUCCCAGCCCGGAGCAAUAGAGUUGGACCCCAAGCAGGAGAGCAGCGGGCAGCCUGGCAGCUGUAUGGGAUACCACUUCUCUUACAACACCCUGCGGAAGCCCAUCUCCCAGAGCAGCAUGGCAGACUGGGCUUCUAAAAACCUGAACAUGCACACUCAGGGCAUCUUCCGCCGCAGGAUCUCCAUCUCCAACAUGCUGUCGUGGAACGGCGGCUCUAUCAAAAAGCCAAUGCUCAUCACAAGCAGCCGCACCAUCAAGAAAGAGGCGUGUGAGAUGUUCAAACUGGUGCAGAGCUACAUGGGAGAUCGCCAGACUCGCAUGGACCGCAAUCACGUGGCGCUGGUCACGGUCACCAAGUGCUGGAGCAUGCAAGGCUUACGGGACGAGCUGUACAUACAGCUGAUCCGGCAGACAACAGAUAACACCUGCUACCGAAGCCUGGCGUGGGGCUGGGAACUGAUGGCCAUCAGUUUGGCCUUUUUCUCCCCAUCGCCCAAAUUCCAGUCCUAUCUGGAAGGUUACAUCUAUCGCCACCUGGACAGUGAUGAAAACAUUGCGCAGCGUAUCAAGGAGCUUGUGGAUCUGAAGAACAAGAAGAAUUCAAAAUCCAGGAAAAAGAGGAAACAAAACACCGAGGAGGAAGGUCUGCCCAUCAGCACGUAUGCCAAAUACUGCUACCGCAAACUCCAGAAAGUAGCCGUCACUGGGGGCAAGAAGGGCCUCCGCAAGCCGACAGUGGAGGAGAUCACACAUGCCAGAAACGCCAUCGUGACGCCGUCGCUGUUUGGCAGCUCUCUGGAGGAGAUCAUGCUGCGGCAGCAGGACAUGUACCCGGGCCACAAGCUGCCCUGGGUGCAGACGCAGCUGUCGCAGCAGGUCCUGGCUCUGGGAGGAGAACAGACUGAAGGGAUUUUCAGGAUACCCGGAGACAUAGAUGAAGUCAAUGCACUGAAGUUGCAGGUGGAUCAGUGGAGAAUUCCAAGUGGCCUCAGUGACCCCAACAUCCCAGCCUCUCUCCUCAAGCUAUGGUAUCGGGAGCUGGAGGAGCCCGUGAUCCCCCAGGAGUUCUACAAAGAGUGUAUCAGCAACUAUGAGAACCCUGAUGCUGCUGUGGCCGUGGUGCAGCUUUUGCCGGAGCUCAACAAACUGGUGCUGUGUUACCUCAUACACUUCCUGCAGAUCUUUGCUCAGCCAUCAAAUGUGGGCAGAACAAAGAUGGAUGUGAACAACCUGGCCAUGGUGAUGGCCCCCAACUGCCUGCGCUGUCAGUCUGACGACCCUCGCAUUAUCUUUGAGAACACACGCAAGGAAAUGUCCUUUCUUCGCAUGCUGAUAGUGCACUUAGACACAAGCUUCAUCAAAGGGCUGGUCUGAGGAGCUGGCCCUGGGGUCCAGGACGUUGCUCUGGGGAGUUGUUGGGUGCCUGAAGUCUUCUCCCCUCCAUUUAUACUUUUUCUGUUGUCCUUGCUGUUAUCACACUCUGGGUUAGCCCCCAAACAUCUCCCAACUUAAGACCUCAAAGACAAGGACUAGACAAUCCUGGAAGGCAUGGGAUGUUAAGCAAUAGGACCUGGAAGUCCUUGGACAUACCAGCCCAGAUGCGGUGGUUCUUGGCCUUCUUGGGUGUGUCAGAGGGGGAAUGGCCUCCUUGGAGCUGCAGGACUGGCUGUUCAUUGAAGGAGCUGUGACAUCCAUGAGACACUGCACCCUGGGACAGUGAGACUCUCCAUCUCCGUUCUGAAGGCAGAGUUGGCUUCAGGUAGGAGGACAUUGCCCCUGCAUUGUGACACGAGUGUUUCCCUCUGGUCCUGGUGGAAACACCGCCUCUCUGGGGAUAAUUUCAUUGCCAUGGAGCCAGCCUAGUCCACCUCUGCAGACUUGUUUGAAGGUGUAAGGGUUGUUCUGGUACCCCACAAUGCUGUUGGUAGAGGGAUGUGAAGGUGCAGGGGAUUUUCACUGAGGCAGAGGCAUUCCCUGGGCUGCCAAGGUCAGUGGAAGCAUAUUGCAGACCUGGAAGAGGAGAUGCCUGAGCUGCUGCUGCUGGGUGGCCAGAGGGAGAUCCUGGGAGCUCUGGCAGGCUGGCUCAGCACAAUAUCCACCUCACCCUCUCCUUUAGGCAGCUUAAAAGCUGCACAGCACAUGAGAUCAGCUUCGGGGCCAGCCCAGUGCUGAGCUAAACCAGCAGCAUUCACACUGUGGGGCCCGGGGACAAAAGGAAGAUUCAAUAACCUCCUUGGUAUCCCUCAGUGUGGGCUUUGUCCUCUGGGAAGGUAACCCCAACAGCUUCGCAGCUCCUUUCAGCCAGCCCUCAUUGCAUAUGCUGCACAAGCCAAUACCAGUUUUCCUGAAGAGCAGCUGAGAACCAGAGGUGCUCAGAGCACCCACAGCACCUCCUUUUCUGAGCACCAGAUGCUCUGUCCUCCCCCAUGUUCAGCCAGGUCUAAAGACAGGAGGGAAGACCACUGCAGGUGAGAAUUGCCCCUGUGCUGAGAUGCUCUUCCAUGCAGAGUCAGCAGCACUGUGAAAUGCUGAUUCUGCUGGGUGUCAGCUGUGGUAGCUGUGUUCUCCCCACCAAACCCCUACUGGAGUUGCAGAGGACUUAAAGAGAAGGUGAAGAGAGAGAAGAGAAGAGUGGAAGCAGGCUGAGCAGCUGCAGUGUGGUGGAGCCUGCAUGGGGCAGUGCAGGCAGGCAGCUCAGUGUCCUCUCUGCUGCAGUUGAACCCCUGCAACUUUCUGUGUGCCAACAAGAAGUGAGGCACUGCAGGGGCACCAUCUUUCAGAGGCAGCACAUAAAUUUUCCCGCAGCCUCCAGAUACUGUUGCAUACUUAUUAGCAAACAGUAGUUUCUAAUUCUGUGACAUUCUGGCAUUCUCCUUUUUCUUUGAAGUGUUUUUCCUGCUGGAGGCAGGUCUGCUGCAAAAGCUGUGUGCUGGUGUUGUUCAUGCAGUGCUACAUCUGCUGGUAGCAUCCAUGGUUGCAUUUGCAUUUCUGCAACCCCUUCCCUUCAUGCAGGGACCUGAGAGCCCCCCUGUGUUGCAGAACCAAGUGGGGAGCCCAGCAGGGAGGUUUCACAUUGAUGUCUGAGUCUGAGCCAAGCAUUUGGGCACAAGGUACCAUGUGCAGGGAGUUCCCUGAGCCUAUUUGAACUUCUCUGAGUAGGGUUUCCAGAGCACAGCUCUGCUCAGAGACCUCCACAGUGGCAGUUCAGUUUGUGCCUAUGUUAGCCGAGGGUCAUGGUCCCCCUUGUACCCCGUGCUUCUGUGAUCCAGGAAACCUUGUUCCCUUGUCAGGACUGGGCCUGCAAACCCCACAGCUGUGCGAGGAUCUGCUUUACACUCUCAUCCUUCACAGUGCUUGCAAGCAAUUCAGCUCUAUUUGGCCUCAAAAAUGCCAGCCUCCUUGUGCUUCGGAUGUGUGGCCGCAUUCCCAGAAAUGCAGGCAGGUGGUUACCAGCUCUGCUGUGUUCUGCCAAAAUUUCAAUCACUGAACAGGCUCAGGGUGUGCAUCUCAGCCUCCAUAAGGGGCUGGGCCAGCUGCCUGCUGCCUGCCCCUUCUCUGGGCUGCAGACACACUGCCUGCAGCCAGCCACCACCCCGGCCAUCCAUGCUAUCCCUUGCACUUAGCUGUAGCAGGCAAUCAGAGCAUAGGCAUUUGCUGCUAUUACAUAUAAAUGCUUCUUGCCAGGGCUGUAAAAUAGGCUAAUAAAUUACACUGGAUAUUACUUUCUUUGCUGACAGAUUUGUAAAUACGAAUCAGUAAAGCAGCCUCUCCUCUGUUAUAAUAAUAAAUACGAUCUCCAUGUUUG